CUUUAUGGUCAUUUAGCUCAUGAUCAUGUUGGCCGUAAAUCUACUGGAAAUUUAUGCCUUAGUUGUCAUUGGGAUAAAUGUGAAGUGGUAACUACCAAAAGAGAUCAUAUCACUAGUCAUUUAAGAGUUCAUGUUCCACUUAAACCACAUGUUUGCGAAAGUUGUAAGAAAGCUUUUAAACGUCCUCAAGAUUUAAAGAAACAUGAAAAAAUUCAU